AUGAAUACCUCUCGCCCCCCUCAGUCGACAGCCCAUUCGGUAAUCGGGCUCAUCGCUGGAGCCACGUCCGUUCUCAAACCACGUUCAAGUCGACACCAAGCAGACAGCAAAAAGGGCAUUCAAGAUCCUACCCCCGCUUCGGAGAUUAAAGGCAAAGAAAUAUGCUGCCCAUCCAACGGCAAAAAUAUAUGUGUUAGUGCAGACGGCACUCUGGGCGAAUUCGGAGAGAAGAAUAGCAAUGUCGUGGAGCUUCAUAGCCGUAUCAUCAAGGACGAGAAACAGUUGACAUACUACAUCAGUGGUAUAGGAACAUAUAGCGACUCGGACAUCCGUCGUUGGUGGGAUUCAGCAGUCGCAGCGUCGUUUCAAAGAAAUGUGUUGAAGGCUUAUGAAUGGCUUUGCAACAAUUACGAACCGGGAGAUAGGAUAUUUCUUUUCGGCUUUUCUCGCGGUGCAUAUCAAGUCCGCGUGAUUGCAGGGAUGAUUGAACGAGUCGGUCUACUUUAUAAAGGAAACAACAGUCAACUUCCGUCUGUGCUGAAGUUGUAUAUGAAGGCAAUGGAGGAACCAGCAAGUCAGAUUAGGGAAGACGAUUUGGAUCAAACUUCAACUGAGGGACUAUCGGAAGUAGAAAAACAAUGCAGAAUAUUCAAGAAUGCCUUUUCACAACCCGGCGUCAAGGUCCAUUUCGUAGGCGCGUGGGACACAGUAUCAUCGGUAGGAAUAAGAAGAGAACCAUGCCUGCCUGAGACAACCAACGGGAUGGGGCACGUCUGCCACUUUCGUCAUGCGCUCGCUCUCGAUGAGCGACGUGUGAGAUUCUGGCCAGAACAUGCAAGCAGUUCCGCUCAUGCGUCUUCUGGUGGUGAUGUAAAGGAGGUUUGGUUUGCGGGAUGCCAUUCUGAUAUCGGUGGGUGGAGUACCUUGAAUAAAGAGCUUGACAGCUUUGGGCCUGCUCUGCGGUGGAUGACAUACGAAGCAAUGAACAAUGGUCUUCGCAUGCACCAGCAUACAAAGGGAUGGGCACCGUUGACUCCUUCCGUGUCACUGGUGGGUUUUUGGCACAUCUUCGAAUAUCUUCCUUUGCACCGUCCCUCAUAUAAGCGUGGCACCUCGCGGCGACUCCACAACGGUGCUCCUCGGCGGAUCCUUGACGGGCAACGGAUCCAUAAAUCUGUCUUCGAGGCCAUGGGGAUUGAUACAGACGAGUUACUUUCUUCAAGCCUAGAAGUGACCAAUUCUGCCGGUCCAUCAGAAGAGACUGAAGCACCUACUGUCCCACAAGCAUAUAAACCGCUAGCACGCUUCUAUGACGAGGAAUCUCACACUUGGGAUGAUAUCCGUCGUCUUGUCGAGGAAAGGCUAGAAGAUGAUCCUUUCGCAUCCGCUGACUUUGCGGUGCGGCUGCUUAAAGGUGCAGCGGACUCAGAUGACACAAGAUUUGAAGCCGCUAUUGGUGUUCUCAAGGGCCACGUUCUGUUCAGUCAGAGCCAAGCCAUUGGAGGUCCAGGAUCCGCAUUCAGCGAGAGACAGGGACUGAAACCUCUCGCUGAAGUGUCAGCAGAUGUCUCCGACUUCCUGCUAUUGACUCUGGAGAAAGAAGUCGGACGGAAGCAGAAUAGGCGUGCUGAAGUUAUCACAGUCCUUCUACUAGCGCUGGCAAUUGUUCCUCCCAACCACAAGGCCCAACCGAAUGUCUCUGUGUUCCGCAACAUUGCUGCAGCUCUGCAGGACGACGGAUCUUGGAAAUCUACUUAUCGGCAAGUUGUCCGACAUCAUGUCAAUAAACCACUCGUCAAAGUAGCGGCAGGUCAACAGCGUUCGGUUGAGUAUGUUGGCUUCUCAAGCCAUAAUGAAGAUUUCGUCUUCACAGGUUCUUAUGGGGCAAUUGUGAUCUGGGACUGCAAAACGCAACAACGCAUAACCACAUUGCGCUUUUCAAGUACCAAUUGUCGGGAUGUCAGAUCAGUGGAAAUUUCGGAAGAUGGUUUGCGAUGCGCAAGCGGGCAUGCUGACGGAUCUGUUCGAUGGUGGAACAUAGAAACUGGCGACUCCCUACUCAAACUGAAGCCCGAAGGAACCAUUGACCGGGUACGCACGGUGACACUCUCAUCUGACGGGACGAAAAUCGCAUCUGGCUCGGUUGGCGGGAUAAUUCGGAUAUGGGCUACAGAGACAGGCAAGGACCUUCACGGUCCUAUGAAAGGUCAUGGAGAUUGGAUCAAUGAGGUGGUAUUCUCCCCUGAUGGGUCUCGCCUUGCCUCCGGCUCUGACGAUCACACCAUACGGCUUUGGGACACUAGCAACGGGAAGCAACUGAAAGUCAUGGAGGGGCAUACGCAUGAUGUCUGGUCGGUUGCAUUCUCCCCCUCAGGGGACCAAAUUAUUUCGGGUUCAUAUGACAAGACGAUCCGUAUAUGGGAAACAGAAUCCGGGAAGAUGACGAAGAUGUUAGAAGGGCAUACACAGUGGGUCUAUUAUGCAGCAUUCUCGCCGACCCAGACCUUCGUUGCAUCGGGUUCUGGAGACGGGACUGUUCGCGUGUGGGACCAAAGCACUGGAGAGACAUUAGCUGUCUACAAGGCAGGGAAUCCUGUCCGGUCUGUCGCUUUCUCCAGCGAUGGAAAGAAGAUCAUUUCUGGUUGUGAUAAUGGAGACGUUCAUAUUUGGGACGCUGGUUUACUUAUUUAG